AGUAGUACUUUCUUUAGUUUAAGAUUAGUUGGUAAAGAAAGAGAAAGGAAAUGGAUCGGAAACGGAAACCCCACACACACGUGGACGCAUCUAGUCCCCACUCUACACUUUGAUAGUUGAUACAUACACAAACACAAAGCAGGCCAGGACAGAAGGCUUCGAUCCAAGGAGAAGGCAGAGGCUAGGCGGCCAGCGACAAGAAAAGAUUCCUUCUUUUCCCCCAUCCAUCCAACCCCUCCGUCGCCGGCCGGCGGCGAGCCCCCCACAAUGGCGGCCGCUUCCCCCCUCGACUCCGCCUGGGAGUGCCUGAUCGACAACUUCAGCGAGUUCCAGCUCGCCACCGUCGUCACCUUCCUUCUCCACGAGAGCGUCUUCUUCCUCUCCGGCAUCCCCUCCCUCCUCUUCGAGCGCUUCGGACUCUUCGCCAAGUACAAGAUCCAGAAGAAGAGCAACGCCCCUGCUUACCAGAACAGAUGUGUGCUGCGUCUCAUUCUAUACCAUGUCGGUGUGAAUUUGCCAGUCAUGAUUUUCUCCUAUCCCGCCUUUAAAUUCAUGGGGCUGAGAAGCUCUCUUCCUCUGCCACACUGGACGGUCAUUGUAUCUCAAAUUCUUUUCUAUUUUGUACUUGAGGAUUUCAUAUUCUAUUGGGGGCACAGGGCUCUGCAUACCAAAUGGCUAUACAAGCAUGUCCACAGUGUCCACCACGAAUAUGCUACACCAUUCGGCUUAACUUCGGAAUAUGCGCACCCUGCUGAAAUUUUGUUCCUGGGAUUCGCCACGAUUGUUGGCCCUGCCCUGACUGGCCCUCAUUUGAUCACUCUAUGGCUGUGGAUGGUGUUGAGGGUGUUGGAAACAGUUGAAGCUCACAGUGGGUAUCACUUCCCAUGGAGCCCAUCGAAUUUCCUUCCACUGUAUGGAGGCUCUGACUUCCAUGACUACCAUCACCGUGUUCUCUUCACCAAGUCAGGAAACUAUGCGUCUACUUUUGUUUACAUGGACUGGUUGUUUGGCACGGAUAAAGGUUACCGCAAGAUAAAGGCCAUCGAAGGGGAAGAAGGGAAGCAUUUGUAAAUUGUGGAAGCUACUCUUUUCUCUCUUAGUCGACUUAUCGAAGCUAGUUUUUGAUCUGUUGUAUUGGUGAUAACAUUGCUCUGAUGGGACGAGACUGGCGGCAUCUUGAUCCAAGGCACAGGCAUCAUUUGAGGCCAUGGAUCCUACAUGUCGUGUCUUUCUUUCUCCCAUAUUUGCUAUCAUGAUAAGAUCAUGUAAUUUGUGGUGAAUUAAAUCUUUUGUGUGCUACUGGGGUUUGUUUGGAGACGUGGAUACACAUCCCAGAGCACAAGUACCUAUUUGAAGCAGCAACAACUUAUCAGAUUAGUUUUGCAAGUCAAGUAAAUAACUGAGAUGUGAUUUGUUGGUUAUGAGUACUGUUUAGUUGUGCCUCUCUUUUUUCUGUCA